AUGUCGAUACUACUACAUUUUAGGGGUGUCGCCUUACACACUACCGAGGCAGCCUUGCAGGCAAAAUUUGAGGAAUACGGGGAAGUGAAAGACUUUAGAGACGCUGAAGCGGCAGCGCAUGAUAUGAACAAUAAAGACUUUGAUGGGCAGAUCAUCCAAGUUGUAGGACCUGAUUAUAUCCCAAGACUUCGAUCUCGUUCACUUGGGUCACCUCAGCAAGCCCAGCAACCCCAACUGAGACAUGCGGAUUCCAAUUUGGACUUGUUUUUUGAAUUCGAUCCACCGCAGACAGUUACAGGAUAUACGGUGCGAACUAACCCGGAAUUUAAGCCAUUUCAGGCAUAUGCAAGCCAGUCUAGAGUGUUCCAUGACACGCCAUUUGCUACGCCAUUAGCUAAGGAAUUCGAGAGGCAUAAUUCGUACGAGUUUACACAACCAGAAAGUUCCAAUAAGGAAUCGCUGAAGGACUCAGAUAUAAAUGACGAAAACACUAAACUAGGACCGGGUUACAACCAUCCAACCGAAUAUAGCAGAGAUUAUUCCUCUGCAGCUGAGACCUAUAUCUCGCAGAAAUUAGAGGUCAUCAACUUCCGAUGGGAACUGCCUUCAUUGCUUAAAAUACGGGUCCCUAGUGCAGGUCAUCGUGCCAAAACUGAGUUUGUCCUCGGAGCUAUUACUUUAGUGGUCAGGGGCAAGUACAUUGAACCAUCUAGUUGCAGGCAGUAUCUCGAUAAGUUCUAUCCGGAAAAAGGUGUCAAGCUAGUUGAGACUAUUUUGAGGGCUCUCGACACCUCGAAGCUUGUUGCUGUGGAGCCAGGCCUGGCAAUCAGGACAUCAAACCAUAAAUUAAUGAUCCAAACCUAUAAUAAAGACCUUGAAGCACAAAUAAAGGACAUUGCUGUAUGGCUGUGUCUAACAUUUCGCUUUCCGAGAAAUGGCAGCACCCCGAUGGUUUCCACAGGGAUGUUUGACGGCACUACGUUCAAAUUGAGUGUAGCACCCAUGUUUGCUGUCCUCACGUGUUGGUAUCCGUUAUUUGGCAACGCAGUCGUUGUUUUAAAGCCCUCCGAACCUUUUCCCUCGGAAGGCGGGCUAUUGAAACUAAGCUUCGGAGCCUUGCUCCAGCUUGCUGCUGUCGAAUACCCUGUUAUGGUAGAUUCAGGACUAGAUCUGAUGGGCUACUCGACUGCAUUAGUUCCAAUUGAGAUCAAUAAUGAGGGGCAGAUAUUAUGGCAUCUUGAGAUUUCAUCCGGCAAUCAACAACUUCGAAAACCAGAGCUACAGGCAACUAAAGGAUCCUGGUUACAGAAACAAUCGCUUGAGGAACUUCAGACAACAGAAGCCCUGCUAGGAUGGUGUUCUUCAGCAAAUAUCCAAUUAGGCACAUACCGUCUUAAGACAGCGGAUGUGACGUGGUCAACAGCUCGCGUCAAACCCACAACAUGGCAUUGGAAGGGUGCUAAUCUGCAGCUCCUAGCCCAGUCCGCGGCACCCUUACAAAUUGGAGGACAAGUUGGAUUUUCCUGGGAACGCAACUUCAAUACAAUUCGAUUCCCACCAGGAAAUAACUACACUAGAUGUCUAGCCAAUAGCAAGCUGGAAUCUGUAAUUCCGUAUGAUGUGACUGCCCAGCGAGCGUGGCUGGUGCCUCUUCUCUCUGCAUAUCAUCAUAUGUUACUGAUUUACCAUGAAAAGCAGUUCCCAUCAGGAAGUAAUCCGAAGCCAAUCCCAGUUGUUGCUCCCUCUUCUAAUGGAGCUUCAAGCUCGUUUGAAGCUUUGAGCUCUUCUGGAGGUGUUAUAGUCGAGGGUAGAAAGGAGGACGCAUUGGCUAUACGUGACGUGAUAAUGGGGUUCUCCAUCAACUUCUCGAAGACGGAUGUGCAACCGCCCAAGAGGUCGCAUAUCUACGGCUAUGAACUCCUAGACCUGGUGAUAGAUUCUUCUCGGAGUGAGCUGAAAACUAUCACUGUGGAUCGCCAUGGCUCAGGAUGGGCACCGUUGCUGAAGGAAAUACCCUGUCUAUUUUGUGCGGAACUUGGCGAAGCAAUAGUCGGAACUCGUUCUAGUAAACAUGAUUCUCCAUCCAACUCCCUACCUCGUGAACAGGAUCUUCUGGCGUCGCAACUCGCUACCAUUCAGAUGCUAUGCAAUAAGCAAGGCAGCACUUUCACGAGUAUCUCUGGACAAGUCACACAAACACAGGUCUUUCAGCAGGAACAACUAUUCACUCAGUGUGACCACAGCUUACAAGGGGCUUCAUCAUGCUGGGACCAUCCAGAAGCAUUCGUACAAAAACUUCAGAGGCUUCAGCGGGAGACAGAUAAGAAAAAAAAAGGAACAGGUGUUAAUGGAGUUGUUUCCCAAAUGACAGGGGCAAUUAUUCUAGGAGAUUUGGAAGGUCACAUCUUCGAAAGGGCCUCUGACUUUUGGCGAUGA